AUGGGAUUCACUCGUCCAAUUGUCAAAGUCGCCGCCGUGCAAGCGGCUCCCGUUUCCUUCGACUUGGAGAAAAGCCUGCAGAAGCUGGGCAAGCUGACAGGGGAAGCUGCAGCGGCCGGUGCGGACCUCGUAGUGUUUCCUGAAGCUUUCUUGUCUGCAUACCCCUGGAGAUAUGCCUUUGACACGACCGUUGGCGCACGGGAGCCGAGAGGGCGUCAAUGGUUCGCCAAGUACUUCGACUCGGCCGUUCAAGUGCCCUCGCCCGCUUUCGAAAGGCUCCGCGAGACGGCCAAGGCGAACAACGUCCUGCUGCAAGUCGGAAUCAUUGAGAGAGAAGGCGGCACGCUGUACUGUACGGCCCUGCUUCUCGACCGAGAGGGCAAGAUGGUGUACAAGCAUCGUAAGCUCAUCCCAACGGCCGCAGAACGCCUCGUGUGGGGGAGGGGUUCCGGUGACGGCCUUCGGGUAUCACAGACGGACAUCGGGAAGGUCGGGAGUCUGAUCUGUUGGGAGAAUUACAUGCCAGCCGCCCGCAUGGCGCUGUACCAACAAGGCAUCGAGAUCUAUGUGGCGCCCCACGCGGACGACCUGCCGACGUGGGUGGCGUCGAUGCAGCACAUUGCGAAAGAGGGACGUUGCUUUGUCGUGUCGGUCAACUCGGUGUGCAGGGUCUCGGACUUCCCGUCCGACUACCCGCCGUUCACGGCCGAACACCCCGACCGGCGACCGGACGGAGGCCAGUGGGAGCCGGACGACGUGGUCAACCACGGCGGCUCGUGUAUCGUGGGCCCGCUGGGGACGUUUCUCGCGGAGCCGGUGUGGGAUGAGGAGACGAUCAUCUAUGCCGACCUCAGGAUGGCAGACAUCACGGAAUCAAGGCUCGAUUUCGACCCAGUCGGGAGCUACUCCCGACCCGAUGUCUUUUCAUUAACAGUCAACACCAAGUCCGGCACAAACGUCGCGUUCACCGGCUAG